GCGCUCGCUCGCUCUCUCUCUCUCUUUCUCUCUCUCUCUCUCUCCCUGGCGCGUUGGUCCAAAAAGCGAUUCCCCGGACCGCGAUUCUAAACGCAGCGCUCGACGGCUAUGGCGGCGGCGGCGCUCCGAAGGCUCUCCUCCUCCUCCUCCUCCUCCCCCGCCGUGUGGCACCCUUUACGGCGGUGGCGGAGCUCCCUCUACUAUAUGUCCAUGUCUACGCUGCCGAUCGAAGCCGCCGUCGAAGAGAAGCAGAGAUGUCGCGCCGCGUGGACGGACCAGCUGAGCGCCCCGCUGGAAGUCGUCGAUCCGGAGAUCGCGGACAUCAUCGAGCUCGAGAAAGCCCGGCAAUGGAAGGGACUCGAGCUGAUUCCUUCGGAGAAUUUCACAUCGGUGUCGGUGAUGCAGGCGGUGGGGUCGGUCAUGACUAACAAGUAUAGCGAGGGAUAUCCCGGCGCACGAUACUACGGCGGAAAUGAAUAUAUAGACAUGGCAGAGUCCUUGUGUCAGAAGCGCGCCCUUGAAGCUUUUCGCUUAGACGCAUCGAAAUGGGGAAUGAAUGUUCAGCCAUUAUCAGGAUCCCCUGCUAACUUUCAAGUUUAUACUGCACUUCUAAAGCCACAUGAGAGAAUCAUGGCACUUGAUCUUCCCCAUGGUGGACAUCUUUCUCAUGGCUACCAGACUGAUACAAAGAAGAUAUCUGCUGUUUCAAUUUUCUUUGAGACAAUGCCUUACCGAUUAAAUGAGAGUACUGGAUACAUUGACUAUGACCAGUUGGAGAAAAGUGCUGUUCUCUUUAGACCGAAAUUAAUUGUAGCUGGAGCUAGUGCAUAUGCACGCCUGUAUGAUUAUGAACACAUCCGAAAGGUAUGUGACAAGCAAAAAGCAAUACUUCUAGCAGAUAUGGCACACAUCAGUGGAUUGGUUGCAGCUGGGGUCAUUCCAUCUCCCUUCGAUUACGCAGAUGUGGUGACAACUACCACACACAAGUCGCUCCGUGGUCCACGUGGAGCCAUGAUCUUUUUCAGGAAAGGGGUCAAAGAAAUAAACAAACAGGGGCAUGAGGUUAUGUAUGACUUUGAAGAUAAAAUCAAUGCUGCUGUCUUUCCUGGUCUGCAAGGUGGUCCCCAUAAUCAUACAAUUGCUGGGUUAGCAGUUGCGCUGAAGCAGGCAACCACCCAAGAGUAUAAAGCCUAUCAAGAGCAAGUUCUGAAAAACUGUGCAAAAUUUGCUCUGCGCUUGGUUGAGAAAGGAUAUGAGCUUGUCUCUGGUGGAACAGAAAACCAUUUAGUCUUGGUCAAUCUGAAGAACAAGGGAAUAGAUGGUUCUAGAGUUGAGAAAGUCUUGGAAUUAGUCCACAUUGCAGCCAACAAAAACACAGUUCCUGGCGACGUGUCAGCUAUGGUGCCAGGAGGCAUCAGGAUGGGAACCCCAGCUCUUACAUCAAGGGGAUUUGUUGAGGAUGACUUUGCGAAAGUUGCCGACUUCUUUGAUAUUGCAGUCAAAUUAGCACUCAAGAUUAAGGCUGAAACCAAAGGUGGUUUGAAGCUGAAGGACUUUGUAGCCACAAUUCAAACGGAUGCCAACAUCCAAUCUGAGAUUGCAAAGCUACGCCACGAGGUGGAGGAGUAUGCAAAGCAGUUCCCAACAAUUGGAUUUGAGAAAGAGACAAUGAAGUACAAGAACUAGUGCAGUGAAGUUAUAAAGAGCAAGAAUUUUUGACUUUGCUGAUAUGAUGCAAAAGGAUGAAGCCGAUUGAUCUGUGUCUGCAAGCAAACAGAUGCUAUGAUGCUUGAUGAGCCCGAUCACAGUUCUUGAAUUUUUGAAGUGAAUUGUCGCUUGAGGCGGAUUUUUCAAAGUUAAUGCUCGUACCAUUUGAUGAAGAAAAUGUCAUUCACAAGAAUUUGAAGACAAUGAAAUUGGUUUUCUGAGAUUUAUUGACAAAAAUCUCGAUUGUCAA